AUGUCGGGCCACUCGGAAGAAUCUUCUUCCCGUCUUUCCGGGGCUGCUCCAGAGUCGUCUCCACUUUCGGGGCCGGUUCUACGGGAGGCUGAUCUUGGAGCGUUGGGGGCCUGUCCUCCGCCGUGUCUCCAGUGUGAUCUCCUUCGUGCGGAGGUGCUGAUGCUACGUGCUGAAGUUGCGAGCCUGCGCAACUCCAGCUUGGCGGCACUCUGGGAUGCGAUCUAUGCCUUGCAGGGCCAGCUCAACGAGGUUCGCCCACGCGGCGAGGAUGACCAUUUUUCAUUCGUGUUUACGGCGGUCGAAGAGAACACUGCAGCUCGACUGCUGCGCUCGCCUUUGGCGAAUGUUCGCUGCCUUCGCUAUCAUGAACAACGUCUGGACGCCCUUGUCAAUCUCAAUGCUGACAUCGAAAGGCGUUGCAACAAGGUGACUUGGACCACGCGUGGACUUUGCUUAGUGACGCUGCUGAGGAUCUUCUUUUGGAUCCUGAGCGUCCUGCGGGCGCCCACGGUGCAAACUCACAAGGAGCGCAGUCUUCGUCGCUUGGCCCGCCGGGCCACGGAACUUAGUCGGUCCCCGGACAGUCCUGACGCUGCUGUGUUGCAGCGUAAGUUGCGUUCUUCGGCUGCGGCGCUCGGUCUUUCGUUUCAAGGUGACUUGCCUCGUCUGGUGGAGGAGGCCCUGGAGGCUGCUGCUGCGCUCGAGGCUUCCUCGGUUGCUUUUCGGGUUGCUAACUGGCACAAGUCCCUUCAGUCUGACUCUAGGCGGAUGCGCCAGUGGAUCCAGCGUGUGCCUGCGGCGGACCCCCGGCCGUUAGGUGAUGCUCCUGUGCACCCCCUUGACAUUGCUUCGCAGGAGCAUGCCAAGUGGAAACAACAGUGGACGCGUGCGCCUGCACACUCUGCUGUGGAGACUUGGAGGUGGUGUUUGGCUCACGGUCCUCCUGCGCCUACUUGGACUGAGGAUGAUCUCCAUCCUUCCGCUCAGGCUCUCCAGGCUUGCAUUCGUGCCUCCGCGCGCCGUGCUGCCGGGCUCGACGGCUGGACUCCCCAGCACCUGGCGCGCCUUCCCCUGGACUUCUACGAGCUCCUCGCGCGGCUUUGGGCUUCCUGUUUGUUGCGUGCUAGCUUGCCUCAGGCCUGGUGCAAGGUGCGGGUGGCUCUGUUGGAUAAGCCGGACGGUGGCCGGCGCCCUUUGUCUGUGGCCUCUGCCCUUUGGCGUGUGCUCGCCACGGUCGUUGUUCGCAAGCUCCGUUGUUGGAUGCUCACUUGGGCCCCCGACGAGCUGCUGGGUUCCAUCCCCGGCCGCUCUGGGGCCGACUUGCACGCCACGUUUGCCUGUGACGCCCACCGUGCCAGGACCAACCGUUUGCCGAUUGCGGGUCAUAAAGCUGACGUUCAGAAGUGCUUCGACUCUGUCUCUUUUGACCAAGCGUUCGAGGUCGCCAGGUGGUUGGGUGCGCCUCCGGCGCUCUUGGGCCUGCUUAAAGUGUUUUAUGCCAGGCAAGAGCGCCAUAUCGCUUGGCAGGGUGCUUUCCACCCUACCCCUAUCGCCCCCUCGAUGGGGCUCCUUCAAGGUUGCCCUUUCUCUCCGCUUCUGCUUAACGGCGUGUGCAGUUUGUGGGUGCGUGUGGUGAAGGCCGCCGAGCCGAGAGCUUCUCUGGCGGUCUACCUUGAUGACAGGACUGUCUGGCGGGUGGGCAGACAAGCCUCCCAAGUGGUGGUUACUGCCGCUCGUGCUGGCACUACCUUCGACGAUUUUUUCGGUCUCAGGUUGCACCCCGAGAAACUUGGCUCCUUUGCUUCUACGGCUCCUGAGCGUGCGGCUUUGCAAGCCGAGGCCCUGGUUGUGGGCGCGGUGAAGACGCAGUUUGUGCUCCUGAGGGUCCCGUACGCCUUCGGCACUACCUGCCUUCCUGACACUGCGGCUCUUACCUCUACAGUUAAACGUCGUUGUGAGCGCGUUGCCCUGGCGGCCGCUUCGCUUCCUCGCAGGCGCGCCCUGGUUCAGGAACUGGUGCUGUCCCUCUUUGCUUGGGCGGGCCCGUGGACCCACUUCAAAAAGGCUGAUGUCGACGCUUGGGCUCGGGACGUUGCCCACGCCCUGUGGGGCCAUAAGCCCCCCCUUGCCCGCUCUAGACUUCUGUUGUGGCACGUCGUCGGCCGGCCGAGCCAUCACCCGGCCCACGCUUUGGACUGGGCUACGGCCCGGCGUGAAUGGCUGAGAUGCUCGGUCCCGGAUGCUUUUAGCUUGGGUGCUGCCACCAUCACUCCGAGGUGGCCCGUUCUUCAACGUAAGUGGGGUUGGAAUACUGCCCAAGAUGGCUCCUGGAUUACGCCCAUCGGGAUUCUUCGUCCUGGCUGGGAUGGGUUAGCGUGCCUUAAGAGAGCCGCCGACUACGCCUUCCUCCAGCAGGUCUGGGCUUUGGACCCGAAGAGCUGUGAGCAUGACCUUUCGUUGUCUCUUCCUGCCUUCGGCCCGGCGCGUCGUUUUGUUGAGGGACAGGAUCGGAGCAUCCUUCGCACUGCCACUGCUUGUGCUGCUGACGCCCGCCUGCUCCAGCGGCUGCAGCAUCCUCCCUCUAGAGCUCAACUGUGCUGUGCCUGUGAGGAGCCUGAGCCUACUAGGACUCACUUGGCCUUUGAGUGCCCUUCCGCGCCCUGGACUCUCGAGCGUGGCCUUCGCUGCGAGCGUGCUCUGCUGCUUAAGCUGCUCCCGCUCCCCCUUUCCCAACAGGUGCCGCGCCCACUACCUGAGCCACAGGUCGACUCUGAGGUCGUUGAGGCGUUGCGUCAAGCUGCCGCUACCGGCAGGGUGCUGUGCGCUUCGGAUGGCGGGGCCUUCUUUCGUGCCCAACUUGAAUGGUGGCAGCGCGCGGCUUGGGCUGUUGCCUUCGAAGGUACCCACAGCAGAACAGUUUUCGGAGGCCUUGUGGCUGGUCUUGACCAGUCACCGCACGCAGCCGAUAGGGCUGGGCUUUGGCAGUUCCUGCGCCACCUGCGCUGCGCUGAUGUCCCGGCCACGCUCUACCUUGACAACUACGCGCUCGUUUUGCGUCUGCACAGGGGCCUCCUGCACGACAAGUGGUCUGGAGCCAACCCUGCCUUUUGGCAAGCGGUGGCGCAGGUGAUCCGCCGCGAUCUUGUGGUCGCCUGGGUCCCUUCCCAUGGCAAGCAUGCCAAGUGGCAGGCUUUGGAGCCUCAGCAUACGGCGCGAAUCCGCGCCCUCAAUGCUGCUGCUGAUGCCAGGUGCACCACCGCACUGUUGCAGCUCAGGCCUGAGUGGGAUGCUGCGGUGACACGCUUUGAAAGAGCGGAAACUUGGGGAGCGAAAGCGCUCUCGGUUCAACACAACGCGUGUGCCCCAUUUCAUGAACUCCUCAAGAAUUUGCAUGGGUGA